ACGUUUCUAGACGAACACGGAUGUGCGACAUGUGGACCAACCCGCUGUAAUGUAGGGCAGGAGAGGGACGAGCAAAGCUUUUAGUGACCGGAGCCGUCAGCUGUUCAACUUCUCCAUCAUCAUGUUACGUGACGGUGUCCACUGAGUGCUCCUGUUCAAGCAGCAGCAGCGGGAAGAGUGUGAGCAGUUCCCCGGGGGAUGGAUUCGUGUCGGCGGGCAGGACUCAGCGGGGUGCUGUGCUCCCUGUCUCUGCUGUGUGUCAUCCUGGACCUGCAGCUGGACGGGGUCUUGGGGGCAACUCAUGUCGAGAUCGAGCACCACUUGGAGAUGGGCCGCAAACUUUUGGCUGCUGGUCAGCUGGCUGAAGCGUUGUCCCACUACCACUCUGCCGUGGAGGGCGACUCUAAGAAUUACCUGACCUACUACAAGCGAGCUGCCGUGUUCCUGGCGAUGGGGAAAUCUAAAUCCGCCCUGCCGGACCUGACCAGAGCCAUCCAGCUCAAGCCAGACUUCCUGGCUGCCAGGUUGCAGAGAGGAAACAUCCUGUUGAAGCAGGGCAACACGCAGGAAGCCAGGGAGGACUUUGAAGCAGUGCUGCAGCGCUCCCCAGACCACGAAGAAGCUCGGGACCAACUGAUGAGAGCAAACGAGCUGGAGGAGAUGCAGGAGGAGGCCCACGCUGCGUACCACCAAGGCGACUACAGCACUACCAUCGCUGUGCUUGAAAGAGUCAUCGAGAUCGCUCCCUGGGAUCCUGAGUCGCGGGAGCUUCGCGCCGAAUGUUACAUCCGAAUGGGGGAUCCGCAGAAAGCCAUCCAGGACCUGACGCCGACCACGAGGCUACGCAACGACAACCGCGCCGCCUUCCUGAAGCUCAGCAUGCUGCACUACAGCCUCGGAGAGCACCACGAGUCACUCAAUCACAUCCGAGAGUGUCUGAAGCUGGACCAGGAUGACAAAGAGUGUUUCGGCCACUACAAGCAGGUGAAAAAGCUCAGCAAGCAGCUGGACUCGGCAGAGGAACUCAUCCAGAUGGAGAGGUAUCAGGAGGCUAUUGAUAAGUAUGAGUCAGUGAUGAAAACGGAGCCUAACGUCCUGUACUACACCAAUCUGGCCAAAGAGAGGAUCUGUUACUGCUUGGUCAAGAUAAAGUUGGCUCACGAAGCCAUAGACGUGUGUUCAGAAGCUCACCAGAGAGACCCCCGAAACGCCAACGUUCUCCGAGACCGAGCCGAGGCUUACAUCCUGAACCAGGACUACGAGAAAGCCGUGGAGGAUUACCAAGAGGCAAGAGAGUUUGACGACAACCACGAAAUCAGAGAAGGUCUGGAACGAGCACAGAAACUGCUUAAAAUCUCUCGGAAGAGGGACUACUACAAGAUCCUCGGUGUCGGCAGGAAUGCAAAUAAGCAGGAGAUCAUCAAGGCGUACAGGAAGCUGGCACAGCAGUGGCACCCAGACAACUUCCAGUCCGAGACUGAGAAGAAGGAAGCGGAAAAGAAGUUUAUCGACAUUGCGUCGGCUAAAGAGGUCCUCACCGACCCAGAAAUGAGGCAGAAGUUUGACGCAGGCGAGGAUCCCCUGGACCCGGAAAACCAACAAGGUGGAGGCGGAGGACAGGGCUGGCCUUUCCACUUCGACCCGUUCCAAUCCGGUGGCAGCUUCCACUUCAAAUUCCACCAAAACUAGAGAGAGGAGGACUCGACGGACACGAGGGUGGUGGUGGUUGGGGAGGGGGGAAGGCAUUUGGGUGUAGAUCGAUGACUGAUUUUUGGAGAAAAAACAAAAAAAGUCUUCCUCAGAACUCGUGCUUCAGCUUGGACACUUUUUUUGUCAGUUACUUGAAACUUUUUGAUUUUUAAAAUACAGUGGGGAAAAAAAAGAAAAAGAAAAAUCGCCACAAAAACAAAAAAAGGACCUUAACAGUUGGAGACCGUUGUCGCUGUGGUUGGAGAAAAAUGAAGUCUUGUGUCAACACUUCAGAUCCCUUAGAAACAGAAAGGUGGUGGUUGAAAGCAGUCGAUGUGGGACAUUUGGAGUGUCUGCUCUUAUUACUCAUUUCUUCCUUUGUGCCAUUCUUUGAACCUUUUAUCGAGGAAUUUUUGUUUUAGGCAGUUGCUCCUGCGUGGACAUUUACAUAGGAGGACUGUCGGUGUGUAGGUGUCAGCUCGCAGUAUUCUUUUAAAAGGAAUCACAUGUUUACUGAUCUCAGUCUAUAUUUUUGACCAUGUCAAACCUUCUCUGCACUAGAGAACCAAGAUUUUUUUAUACAUGAUGCCACCAGGAGGCAUUCUGUCGAGCUUCUAUGUUAAGGGUAAGUAGGUGAGACUUCAGCACUAUUAAAGGAAACUUGUAGGUGUUCAAGUUUUUAAAAUCCUAUGGAUCUUAAAUCAGUGCCGCUCUGUGAUUGUGUUUGAUUUAUUUUUUUUGUUUUCUGCAGAUAUUUAAUUGGAUUAAUGUGUGAAUUCUGUCUUUUGGCUGUAUCCUCGACAGACUCCAAAUAAUAUUACGGAUGUAACUUAUGAAAA